CACUGCGCUAGCUUAAUUCCGUGUUAUAAAAAGGAGUACAGGAGAGACCCAUCGCCUCUUCCUUUUCCCUUUCUUAUUGAUUUCUUGUUCCUCAUUCCUUCUUUUUCUUCUCCUCCGGCAUCUGCUUGUGGCUGUGAUUCAGCACAGCGACUUGUGGCCUCAUCAUCAAAAUUGCGUCAAAAAGGAAAGUCUUAAAGGAACAAAAUUAAAGGGAGGAAGGAAGGAAGGAAUUAGUAAAGAAGAAGAUCGAGAAAUCCAAAUAGCAAACAUGGUUUUUCCAUCCGUUCCUCUCUAUCUUGAUCCACCGAACUGGAACCAGCAGCAAGCUCGUCGGCAAGGAAGCAGCGGUGUGGUUUCUCAGCUUCCGCCUGCGGGAAUGGCGGCGGCGCAGCGGACGGAGACGGGGAUGGCGGCCGGGUCGAUCCGGCCGGGGUCUAUGGCGGACCAGGCGCGGCUCGCCAAGAUCCCGCAGCCGGAGCCGGGGCUCAAGUGCCCGCGCUGCGACUCCACCAACACCAAGUUCUGCUACUUCAACAACUACUCGCUCUCCCAGCCGCGCCACUUCUGCAAGACCUGCCGCCGCUACUGGACCCGCGGCGGCGCGCUCCGCAGCGUCCCCGUCGGAGGAGGGUGCCGCCGCAACAAGCGCAGCAAGCCCUCCGCGGCCAGCUCCUCCAAGACCUCCUCCGCCGCCGCCGCCUCCUCCUCCGGUGCAAUCACGCCGCCCCAUUUCGUCUUCCACUCGCAGUUACCCUUCAUGGAGUCCUCGUUGCAUCCGCUGCCGCCGGACUUCAACUUCGGGACGACGAGCUUCUCCGGCAUGCAACCCCCCGUCGACGCCGCCGACUACCACCUCGCUGGCGGCAUUGGCGCCGGAGUCGUGGGGCUCGAGAGCUUAAGGCUUCAGCAAAUGCAACAGUUUCCUUUAUUCGGAGGUGGGAAUAUACUAGACCACCACCUACCUCCGCCGCCGCCGCCGCUGCCACUUCAGUCGAUUUCCGGGCAAUACCCUUACGGCGGGGAAGGGAGUGGAUUCUCCGGCGGAUUAUUCCCUGGGCAAGCUACAAUGUCGAAGCACUCCAAUUCCGAGCUCAUCUCUCAGCUUGCUUCUGUAAAAAUGGAAGACAGCCAACACCCGCAUAACUUUCCGAGAAACUAUCUCGGAGUUUCGCGCGACGACCAAUUCUGGAACGGCGGCGGCGAUGUCGGAGGCAGUGGCGGCGCCGCCGGUGGCUGGGAUAUCCCGGGAUUCAACUCGUCAUCAGGGUAAUUAAUUAAUAUAUCUAUAUAGAUAUAUAAAUACAAAUGUAAUUGUGUGCAUGGCUCCGAUCCGAUCUGAUCCUUUGGUGGCCUUUUAUACCAGUUUUAACAUGGAAGCUUAGGGUUUUUGGAAUCGAUCGGUUACUGCCAGAAAAGUGAACAACUGGAAAUUUUAAUUAACUUGUUCCUAGAUGUAGGUUCUUGAUUUAGAUCGUGAAUUGGUACUGUUAAUUUCUUUUCUUUCUGUGUAACUUAAUUACAGUUUGGUUAAUAUUUAUUAGAUUGC